AUGAGUGGCCUGCAGCUUGUGAAUCCCAGAGUGAAGGGGAUCAGAGUUUCAUCACACAGCGAGCUGCAGAGUCUGGCUGCACAAAUCACACAGGGGGCACUGCAACCCUUUAAAGAGGUGAUCGAUGUCAGCUCAGAUGAUCUCCACAAAGCAGGAAUGAAACCUGUCUCAUUUGUUCGCCAGGACAAAGAUCUGCCUCUGGAUGUCAGGCUCAGGGCUCAGAGGUUCCUGGAGGUCUGCGAUGGAGGAAGUAUUGCCUCCUCUGGCAUGUGGUACGUCAGGCAAAGCGUGGCUGAGUUCAUCACGAGACGAGACGCUGGGGUGCCCUCAUACGCUAAAGACGUAUUCAUUUCUGGUGGCUCUCAGAAGGCCCUCAUGGUGAUAGUGAGACUGAUAUCCACUGUGGAGGGGGAGACUCAGACAGGUGUUUUGACCCCGUUGCCCUGUCCUCACACCAUACCCGCCCUGCUGGACGAGGCCGGGGUGACGCUAGAGCCGUACAAGCUAAUGGGGGACCAAGGCUGGGCUGUCGAUCUGAACGAGCUACACCGAGCUUUAAAGGUCGCUAGGGGGCGCUGUAACCCAAGAGCUAUUUACAUCAGCAACCCAGGAAACCCUACAGGUCAUGUGCAGGACAGAAAGUCAAUUCAGGAAGUGAUCCAGUUUGCAGCAGCUGAGAGACUCCUGUUGUUGGUAGACGAGGUGUACCAGGACUGUGUGUUCGGACCGGUCACAGAGUUUGUUUCCUUCAAGAGAGUCCUGUUUGAGAUGGGCAAAGAGUACUCUGAGAAGGUGGAGUUGGUCUCCUUUCACUCCCUUUCCAGCGGCACCAUGGGAGAGUGUGGUCUGAGGACCGGAUACAUGGAGCUGAUCAACAUAGACCCGGAGGUGAAGCAUUUUGUGGAUACGUGUCUGUGCACUGAUAUCUGCGCUCCAGUCACAGGACAGCUCGCUCUGCAUAUCAUGGUCAACCCACCGACACCUGGAGACCCUUCCUAUGACGCAUACACACAGAAGAUUCUUCUCACUCAGGCCACUUUGUCCCAGAAUGCUCAGCGGGCUCAGGAGUUCCUGAAUGAUCUACCCGGGAUGAGCUGUGAACCAGCGAUGGGCGGGAUCUACCUUUACCCCUGCCUGCGUUUACCACCUGAGAUUUUAAAGCAAGCAGAGGUAUCAGAGGUGGAGGCGGACGUUCUGUACUGCCAGAGGUUGCUGAAAGAAGAAGGCGUGUUAUUAGGAGCUGGAUGUCAGAAUGGUGAAACUACAACCGAACACCAUCUGAGGUUACGUUUCCACGUUCCUCCUGACACGCUGGAGGAGGUCCUGGCUCGACUCGGUUCUUUUCACCUUCGCCUCUUUGACGGUCUUCCUCACGCUGACAGACGAGUGAAAGACACGGAGGCGGGGCAAAAAUAUAAAAAAGGCAUGGAGCCAACCUGGGGAAGCACAGAUCCUGAACCCAAAUGUUAA